AUGUCAGCCCCAGAAAGUUCGAAUAAUGGCCAUGGUAUUUCUGUCAAUUCCAUGCUUGCAGAGGAGCCCCCUGCUCAAGUGAAGCGUGAAGAAUCGCCUCCAGCGAAAAAGCUCAAAACUGAAGACGCUACUCCCAAGCAUAAAGAAGGUCCUAUUCACGAGAUCGUCGGUGGUUCUUCGGUCAGACAGUACUUGAACAAACACUUGACACAGCAUCUACUAGAAGGACUCAAGCAGGUUAGUAAAGAAAAACCUGAUGAUCCUUUGAAAAGCCUUGGAAACUUCUUAAUUCAACGCUCAGACGAGCUCAAAAAAGAAGAGACGCAAUAG